CGAACAACAGUAAUUUUCGCGUCUCUCCCGAACUCACCGUUCUGCGACUUAAAAGAAAAACGAAUAAACCGAACUCUACCAAAACGUAGUUCGCAAAGCGUGUUGGGUAUAUUCUUAAAAAAUUAGGGACCACAUUUGUGGCGCCCCUAAAACUGAUGACCCUGACGUGAUCCGCCACCGACGCCGCGAAUUCGUACGUGAGUGUGUGUGUACUACGCAUCCCAAACUUUUGUUCCGCGUUGAACGUGUUCAAACGUGCCACCGGCAUCGGAGAUCGACGCAGAGAAGACAACGUGUGUGUGUGUGUGUGUGCCUACGACCGGGAGUGCUACCAGCGUUAGAGGUACCGGCAACGCAGCUGGCCUCCUCCCCCCUUUCCCUGUCAUUCACAGGACGUUGAGUGCGGGCCGACGAAAAAACGCAGCAACGCCGUGUUAGUGCGCCCGUAGCUACACGGAGCGUUCCUGCAUUGAGCGAACAAAAGAACCACCCGCACACGCGCGCGCCGCCUCGAAGCGCGACAAGCGCACACACACCAUCAUCGGCGCAGCAGAAAAAUUCCAUCCUUCUUUCGACGGCUGACGCAAUCGACGCAAUUCCUGGAAGUGGAUCGACGACAAUCUCCGCUGGUGGUCUCCUCGAUGCCGAUAAUCGCCUCGCAAGCGGUUCCUACACCUCGUUCAACUGGGAAUUUUCCGUUUGUGUGCGCUUCCAUCUACGGGUGCGAACAAGAAGGAAGACACCAACGUCGAGUUGCGCGCGCAAAUUAUUCAGCCGUAGCAGUAGUGACACAUCGCCGCCAUUACGAUUUUUUCACUCGAAGGCGAACCCGCUUGGAUCCAGCUGACAAGAAGAACGACGCCGCCAUUUUUUGAGCACCAUUUCAUCGCAAGUGAGGAAACGCCAUAUUCUCCACCCGAGAAGGAAGACGACGCACGCUGCUUCUGAAGCGUUUUCAUACCGAUCGACCGCAACGACGACACCCUGGUUACGUGAACAAUUAAGGUAAGAUCCACCCUUUUUAUUCACUACUAACCCCGACGCGGAAGGAUGCAGCGUAGCCCGCAACAAGGUGCAGCGCCGGUCACCAGCCCUGCAGUUGCCAUCAGCCCUGCAGUGGCCGAUAGUCCUGCGGUGGUCGCCAGCCCCGCAGCUGGACUCCCCACAUCGAGUCCAUACUUAAUCGAUAUAACCCCCCUCGCUCGUGACGCCUCUACCGACCUUCCGGAGUUCCAAGUCGAGACCGUGAACGCCAUGCGUCUCAAGCCGCCCGAAUUGGAUAUGAUGACAUCCAUACGUUCUUCUACGCCUUGGAGAACUGGUUCGACGCCUGGAAUAUUCCUCCGCACCAUCAUGUUAGGCCGAAAAUACACGGACCGGAAUCUCGCGGCCGCGGAAUUCCUGUAGGACAGUUAUGUCAAUAACUGCAAUUUGACAAUCAAUAACCUACAGAAAUUUGACCCGACCUGGACGUUUGUUUACAAAUAUUGAGCAACGCUUGUUACUCGAAUCGGAUCAAAUAUACUCUCAACUCACUUCCGAAUUAUUAGAAGCAAAAAAUGUUUCGUGUAAAAAGAGCAGCUGCAUUACGAUGGACAAGUGCGUGGGUAAAUUUCAUUCGUUUGCAUACGAUUUCGCUUCAGCAAGCUCCGUCAGCUAGAGAAUGGAUGCGCCCAAUGCUUCACGAAAGGAAUGAACAAGUGGGUCGGUUGCUAGCGUCUAUUUUACAAGAGGAAUUGGAUAAUACCAUAAUUAAUUUUAUGAGAUUGUCGAGAAACGAUUUUGAUUACCUUCAUAAGCAAAUUGGACCAAAGAUUCAAAGAAUGGAUACGAACAUGCGUUUAAGUUUGUCUGCCAAAGACAAGCUGAUAAUUACCUUGCGGUAUUUGGCUACAGGAGACUCAUACAACACCCUUGAAUAUGCCUUCCGGAUUUCAGCACAGGCAAUCGGUCAAUUUGUGCUGCAAGUGUGUGACUGUCUUGUGGAAGUUCUUCGAGAGCAGGUAAAGUUACCCACAUGCUCCGACGAAUGGAAACGAAUCGCGCAAGGCUUUCAAGACAAAUGGAAUUUUCCACAUGAAAUCGGAGCAAUUGAUGGAAAACACGUUAUGAUAAAAUCUCCUCCACAUAGCGGAACCGACUAUUUUAAUUACAGAAGGCAUUUUAGCAUCGUUCUGCUGGGUGUAGUUGAUGCCAACUGUAAUUUUAUGUAUGCAGACAUUGGCGCAAAAGGUCGAAUAUCUGAUGGAGGGGUUUUUAAAAACUCAAUGCUAUACAAAAAGCUUGAAAGAAAUGAAUUGGGAAUACCAAGCCCUGCCCCAUUGUACCAAACAUCUCGCAUCCUCGUCCCCUAUAUGCUUUUAGGCGACAAAGCCUUUCCUCUAACAAAAUACUGCCUUAGGCCAUUCAGUGGUUUCACGGAAAGAGGAUCGGUAGAGCGUAAUUUCAAUUUUCGUCAUUCAACUGCCAGGCGGUCUAUUGAAAUGGCUUUCGGGAGACUCUGUGGAAGGUUUCGAGUAUUAAGAACUGCGUCAGGAAAAUGCGAAAAAAGUUUUCUUGGCUUCUAUUUAUUUACAUAAUUUCAUUAGAAGAGAUGAGGAUGUACGGAGUCAGGAUAACCGUCAAUUUCUUUCCAAUGAAGAAGAGGAAAUAAAUAACAUGCGUGCACUCGAAACAAACAGGUCGCGACCUAAUUUGAAUAUGUUGCAAAUUCGGAUGCAUAUUGCAAACUAUUUACAAGAAAAUUGAAUUCAACAAUUAAUUUUUAUAAUGAUAUUUUUAAUAAUCAUAUAAUUGAAUUUGAAUAAA